AUGCAAAACCACAUUCCAUUGCUAGUAUUUGAUAUGAAUGCACAAACAAAUAGUGAUUCGGAUAGCAAAAGUAACUCAGAUAGUGAAAGUGACUCAGAUAGUGGAAGUGACUUGGACAAUGAAGUAAUUGCAAUCACAUUAAAAAAAGGCGCUUAUCGCAAUAUAUCUGCAAUUCUUCGGUUUAUCGUUCCAAAACUUGUAGCAAAUAAAGUUCUUAGCUAUGAAACCCCUAUAAUAUAUUUGAGAAUCUCAGACGAUGGAAGAAACGUUGAAAGAAAAAUAAAACAUAUAAUAGUAACUCUAGCAAUUCUUAAUGACCAAAAAAAUCUAAUGAAACCAGAAAGGCAUUAUACAAUUUUAUUAUUUUCUGGAACCGAAAAUUAUACUUCACUCAAAACUGCUUUAGAGCCAAUUCGUCAUAAAUUACGAGAAUUGCAUGAAAAUGGUUUUAUUGAUACUGAUUAUAGACGAUGGGAAAUUGAAGUUUUUUUUUCAUCUGAUUGGAAAUUUCUGGCAAUAAUAUUAGGUUUUAAUGUGCCUAAUGCAUUUAAUUUUUGCCCGUGGUGUUUUUGUACCAAAGAUUUAAUAAGCGACUUAAACCAAAAUUGGCUAAUAACAAAAAAAAUCGAUCAAAUCAAAAAAGAUUAUCGAAAGUUCCCAGGUCAUAUUUAUUCACCUAUCUUGGAUAUGAUUUCAAUGACUCAUUAUGUAGUGAAUCAACUGCACCUAAUGCUACGUAUAACCGAUCAUUUGUGGGAGUUGGCUCUAAAUGAAUGCAAAAAUAAUGGUCAUUUCAUAGAUAAAAUGAGGGAGUUAAUAUGCAACGAAAUGAGGGUUAUUGGCCCGGACAAAUUAAAAGUAAUAGAAAACUUUAAUCUAAGUAUAAUGUUACCACAAGCAUAUGCUACAAAAGUUCGAAAACUCUGGUCAGGAUUUAGUGAACUUUAUAAAAUGCUAGAUCAGAAUAAAUUAACAGGAAAUAUAUUCCGUAUCAAAGCUCGUGAAUGGCUAAGUAUAUUUUUAACACCUUCCCAAAUUAUUCCUGGUACUAAUACAAUAGAUAAAGGAUUAUACACACCAAGUGAUAUAACUCCUUAUAUACAUGUUCUAAUCUAUCAUGUUCCAGAAUUUCUAGAUAUUCAUUUACAAUGGGGAUUUGGUACAUUUUCUUGUCAGCCAGUUGAAAAGAAAAACCAUCAACAUGUAUCAACUUUUUUUUCAAAAACUUUAAAAAAUGGUACGCAAAAAUCUGCUAUCUUAGAAAUAUUAGAGAUAGAAAAUAGAGCAUU